AUGGACAAGUUUUCGAAAUAUGCACUAACACACGCGCCGCCGAAUGGCCUAACAACGUAUGGACGAGGAAUGGGCACGUCUGACCGAAAUAAUCAUAUUUUAUACCCAAAGGAGAUUGUGGAACACUUGAACAAGUAUGUCAUUGGACAGGAAGAAGCUAAGCGAUGCCUCGCUGUUGCAGUUUAUCAGCAUUAUCGAAGGGUUGAGAAUAAUGCGAGGGUUUCUGAACGCUGGCUUCUCCAAGAAGCCGUUUCGGCCGCAAAAGAGCUCAAAAAGAACAAGAAGGAUGAGUUUUACGACAAUUUUGUCGCCGACUACAUUCCGCGCUCGCAGCGUCAAAUUCUCAAAGACAUUGAGAAGCGCGAGGACAUCCUCCUCGAGAAGUCCAACAUGAUUCUGCUCGGCGCCUCGGGAACCGGCAAAACGUACAUCUCGCAAAAGCUCGCCGAUAUUCUCGACGUGCCGUUUGUGAUUUGCGAUUGCACGACGCUCACGCAGGCCGGCUACGUGGGCGAUGACGUCGACACGGUGAUCGCGAAACUCCUUUCCGAAGCGCGAGGCGAUAUCGAAAAAUGUCAAAGAGGUAUUGUGUUUUUGGACGAGUUCGACAAAAUCUACACGUCGUCGGAUCCACUUCACACUUCUGGGAAUCGCGACGUCAGCGGAAAAGGCGUACAGCAGGCGUUGUUGAAGCUCGUCGAAGGCACUGUCGUGAAGGUGCGCGACCCGCUGGCGCCCAACUCGAAGGUCCAAAUCGACACCAGCAACGUAUUGUUCAUCGCUUCCGGAGCGUUCUCGAAUAUUGAGCACGUGAUUGCGAGACGAAUGGAUAAACGGGUUCUCGGCUUCGGCUCGCAUGACAGAAAGGAUGGUGAAUCAAGCGACAAGCUCAAAGAUGAGAAUGAGGAGAUUGCGUCGAAAGCGCGCGACGAGCUCCUUCGCCAAUGCGAUCAAGGCGAUCUGAUCGCGUUCGGCAUGAUACCGGAGCUCGUCGGACGAUUUCCGGUAAUCGUGCCGUUUCACGCGCUCGACAAAAACGAUUUGGUGGCGGUGCUCACCGAGCCGCGCGGAAGUCUCAUUGCGCAAACGAAAAAGUUUUUCGAGAAUGAGAGCGUCGAGUUGAGAUUCUCGCCGAACGCCAUCGACAAAAUUGCCGAGAUUGCGGUGAAACGAAAGACUGGAGCGAGAGCGCUCAAGAGUAUUGUUGAGAAGGCGGUGAUGAAUGCGAAGUUUGAAGUUCCCGGCUCGGAGAUCAAGGUCGUCGAGAUCACCGACGAGAAUCUCAAGGACAACACAUUCAAUAUAAUUGAUAAGAAAGCUGUUGGAAAUGAAGACCAAUGA